AACUACUCUUCGGAAUCCAACACACCAUCCCCUGCUGCUGACUUUGACUUCGUCUAUAGCACUGCCAACUCACCUGGAGAAUUUGUUAGAGAUGAGAGCCGCACCAGCUCGCCUGAGGUUUUCAACGACAUGUCGACCUACACCCCUGGAACCGCACCCUCCGCUUACGGGUAUCAAUCCCCAGAAGCAAUUCACAUUCCUCAGGCAGAGGACAGCCUCUCGCUAAAGGUCUCUAUGGACAGGACCAAGACACGUGCCGAGACCCAAACCAAAGUUACCAUGAUCCUGGACCCUCUACCAGAGACUUACGAGUGGGCCCGCUUUGCUCGUCAGACGAUCUCUAAACCAAAGCAAUUGGCAACUGCAGACGAGAUUCGAGAGAAUCAGAAGAAGGGCGGAGCUGUUUCCAUCGAUUUCACACUCGUCUGUGCUGUUGCGGUGGAGGAACCGAAGGACUUGGAACUUGCUUUGGCACGUGCUCGAGGCGAGGGUUCGUUUCCUACCAAGAUCCCACGUGUCGAUGUCUCCGAGUUGGAAAAAGAUGACCCAGCACACCCACAGAACGGUGGUGCAGUCAUCAUUUGCAACGGCUGUCAAGAACGCGAAAGAAAGCGAUUUGGCCGCAAGAAGAAGCGUAACGAAGAAGAGGAAGAAGAGUGGAGCACAUAUGAUGACAAACGCAUCAUCAUUGUUAACGAGAAGGAAUUCAAGCGAUUGGCAGACGCUGAUGCAGCAGAUAGCAAAUGGGGCUCAGGCGCGAAGAAGAUUGAGUUCUCCAUGCGCAUUGCAUGCUACUGCAGACAUCAAGAGUCAAAGACACCGGUCGGCUACAGAGUCAUCUUCACAAUCAGGGGUGCUAAUGGGGAGCUGCUCACCCAAAGCCUGUCUGAGAUCCUUCAAGUGACUGAUGAUCACAAGAACAAGGAGACGCCUCAGGCCGAACUCCUGUCGCCUUCCCUGAGCCUGCCAAGCUCUAUGCCUGUUCAA